CAGGUUCGUUCAAAAAGCAGUGCUGCAAUUCACAGCAAAUAGCUAUUGAAAGAGAAGGAAAAAAAAAGGAGAGGCUGCUGAGUCAGGGGCGCAUCGUCCCCAAAUCGCCGAGCCCUAAUCACUCCGACUGACUCAAUUUUUUCUUGAAAAUGUCGUAACCUCUUUCUGCCCUUCAUCUUCGCGGAUAAUUUAUUCGCAAUUUUUUUUUUUAAUUUAUUAUUAUAUAUAGAGAGAGAAAUCAAUUGAAAGGUAAAUAAAUGAACGGUCCUCCGCCUGCACCCAGACGCAACAGUAUGGCCCCAAAGCGCAGCUCCUCCGCCGUUAAAAAGUCGUCGGCGCCUCCUUCCGAGAAUGGGAUUAACCAAAACCCCUUGUCUCCUUCUAAUUCGACUGCUGCUGGGGAGAGGACAGUGAAGAAACUCCGGCUAUCUAAGGCACUUACGAUUCCUGAGGGGACCACUGUAUCGGAUGCCUGUAGGAGGAUGGCAGCUAGGCGAGUUGAUGCUGUUCUUCUGACUGAUGCCAAUGCCUUGCUUUCUGGAAUUGUUACUGAUAAGGACAUAGCAACCAGAGUUAUAGCUGAGGACUUGAGGCCAGAUCAGACAAUAAUUUCGAAAGUGAUGACAAGAAACCCACUUUUUGUGAACUCGGAUUCUUUGGCUAUUGACGCUUUGCAGAAGAUGGUCCGAGGGAAAUUCCGACACCUCCCUGUCGUUGAGAAUGGUGAAGUUAUAGCAAUGUUAGAUAUCACUAAAUGCCUUUAUGAUGCCAUAUCAAGAAUGGAGAAGGCUGCAGAGCAGGGAAGUGCUAUUGCAGCAGCAGUUGAAGGAGUUGAACGUCAAUUCGGAACCAACUUCGCCGCACCAUCAGCUUUUAUCGAAACACUUAGGGAACGCAUGUUCAAGCCUUCUCUGUCCACCAUCAUUUCUGAAAAUUCCAGGGUAGCAACUGUAUCGCCUUCAGAUCCUAUUCAUGUCGCAGCUAAAACAAUGCGUGACUUUCGGGUCAAUUCAGUUCUUGUUAUGUUAGGAAACAACAUUCAGGGGAUACUCACUUCAAAAGACAUACUUAUGCGAAUUGUGGCUGAAAACCUCUCUCCUGAGCUGACUCUAGUGGAAAAGGUGAUGACAGUUGACCCUCAAUGUGCAACAGUAGAGACAACUAUUCUUGAAGCAUUGCAUAUAAUGCGUGAUGGGAAAUUUUUACAUCUUCCCGUUAUUGACAAAGAUGGAUCUGUUGCUUCCUGUCUAGAUGUUUUGCAGAUAACUCAUGCAGCAAUUUCGAUGGUCGAAAAUGGCUCUGGCACUGUUAACGAUGUCGCAAAUACAGUGAUGCAAAAUUUCUGGGACUCGGCACUUAACUUGGAGGCGCCUGAUGAUUAUGACACUCACAGUGAGAUAUCUAUGUCCCAAUAUGUGGCGUCUGAUGGCACCGAACACGCCAAGUCUGCAUACCCAUCUCUUGGCCUCGGGAAUUCGUUUUCUUUCAAAUUCAAGGACAAUAAUGGGCGUGUUCACCGAUUUAACUAUGGCAUGGAAAAUUUAUCCGAACUCGUUUCUGCUGUUAUGCAACGGGUGGGCGCAUCAGAGGAUCAAAAGCAACCUCAACUUUUGUAUGAAGACGACGAAGGUGACAAAGUUCUGCUCACAACAGAUGGAGAUCUUAUUAGUGCAGUAACCCAUGCGAGAUCUGCUGGACUAAAGGUUUUGAGGUUACAUUUGGAGUACUAUGAAUCAAUUCAAGAAACACGGGAGCUAUUGUCUGAUACAGUGAAGAAGGCUGAGAAAGGUGGAUCGAGCUUUAUCCGUUACGGGAUAUUUGCAGGAGCAGUUGUUGUGACAAGCAUGGGUGUAUUGGUCUACUUGAAGCGCUCGAAUACAUGAAAGGUACAAAUCAAGUCGUGUGAUGAUGCAUUAGCUGUUAGAAUAUAUAUAUAAUUGCCUUGCGCAAAAUUUAAUCAGACUCUGACGAGCAGCUCUUUUGGUGUUUUGAUCAAAUAAUGCAAAUGUUAUAAAUUGCAUCGAUGAAGAACACUAUCUCGAUCUUUUGUAAAAAA